AUGACAUUGUACGUUGAGAGUUAUGGUUAUGGGGAUUUAGAUUGUCUGGAAUGUGAUUAUGUCGUUGGAUGCUUCGAGUGCGCUGCUGGUCGCAUUCCUAGUCAUGGGAAAGGAUGGGAUGACAAGCAAACAAUUUGCAGUUGGUUGAAAGUUUUAAUUAAAAAUUUGGGGUUUACUUUAAACCGUUUCGAUAAGGGCAGAGAAGAACAAAUGAAAAUUUGUUGA